AUGCCACCGGGAGGAGACGGAGCGACUGCAGCUCUUCUGCCUCUGGGGACAACGACCCCUGAGAUCCGGGUCUGGCUGCACCAGGCACCCUCCAUCCGUCUCGACAUCCCUCAUCUUGAACUCGAAUCCCUGCAUCCUUCAUCCUUCAUUCCGCAUCCCGCAUCCUACAUCCCACAUCUUGCGUCCCCGCAUCAUGCACAACCCAGCAUCCUGCAUCCCCACAGUCCCGCGUCCCCGCAUCCCACACCGCAGGCCCCGGUAGUGCGUCGCUCGAGGCGGGGGACGCGCUCCAGCCCGAGCACAGGUCACUGCGGGUCGCGAACACCAGUGGGGUGGGGGCGUGCCCACGGCCCCCGCCCCUCCCGAGGGUCCUCAAGCCACCAGCUCCAGAGCAGCGAUCUCUGCGCUCCGCCCCCUUCCCUGAGAGAUCUGCGACCACUCGGGCCGGCCAGGAGAGGGGACAGAGGUGCAGGGGUGAAGGGAGCCCCUACAGUGGAACUGUCGGGAGGGGGCGGAACCAAGUCACCCAGGAGCGAGGCACGGGGUCUGGGACGCAGAGCUGAGCGCGCAGAGAGCAGCAGGCUGGGGCCAGGGCCUCCCGGCUGCGCUCUGCGGGAAGGGGUCCUUGCUGCUGCGUCUGGAUGGCCACCCAUCCCCCUAACCCAGGCCUCUAGGCCUUGGAGAGGAGCCCAACUAGAAAAGAGGGCCACACUCCUCGCCGCCCGACCUGGAGAGAGAGGACGACGCUUCCCCGGUACUCCCAGGCCCAGAGGAGCUGGGCCAGCAACAGUGGGACCUGGCCCCGCAGGCGGCAGCGGCCAUGUCACGGCCCCAGGCCAAGGUGUGAUGGUGCCGGUGAACGGUCUGGGCUUCCCGCCGCAGAACGUGGCCCGGGUGGUAGUGUGGGAGUGGCUCAAUGACCACAGCCGCUGGCGACCCUACACGGCCACCGUGUGCCACCACAUCGAGAAUGUUCUUAAGGAGGAUGCCCGGGGCUCCGUGGUCCUGGGCCAGGUGGACGCCCAGCUGGUGCCCUACAUCAUCGACCUACAAUCCAUGCAAUCAGUUCCCGGCAAGACACAGAGCCUCUCUGGGCUCCGCCCACGGUCUCUCUGGAGCUGCUCCAGGCUGCCCACCUACCCACCUGUCCAGACAACAGUGGCACUCAGUGACUGGGUACCACACACGAAGGAGCCUGGCAGGAAGUCUUGUAGCCUCCUGAGCUGCAGAACAAAGGACCCAGCCAUCAGAGGUGGCUGCCAAGACAGCCUGCCACACCUGCGACCCAGUGGCUACCUCUUCCACAGUGACAGUGCCAUGGCCCCUGAACAGCUUGGGGAUCCAGGGGAGGAUGAUCAGGGCCCUCAGUUUCCUCCCCUUCUCCUUACAGCCAGGGCACCUAAAUCCUGGGGCAUGGAGUGGGAAUUGGUGUUAGGGAGGCACCAGGGCAUUGAGGUGUGCAAGGACCCCACACACACUGCAGCAGCUUGGGCCCUCAGAGGCCGAGCAGAGUGGAGGAAAUUUCCUGGAGUAGGGUAUCGCCCCCCAUUUAUGUAUACAAACCCAGGCUGUGUGAGGAGUCAGGGUUCUCACCCCAGCUCUCCAGUUCUACUGGCAGCUUCUGUCCCUCACUUCCUCUCACACAUUCUUCUGCCCCCUGAAACCCCCUUUGACUCAGGACCUGGGCAGCAGACAGGGCUCAGGAGGGCAAUUCCCAUCCAAGGGUACAUGGCCCCUCAUGUCACCGCAAAGUUGACCACAGCACUUAAGGAUGUCCUGGCUGCCCCGUGGGGACAAAGGCAUGAGUCUACUGCCGUGGGCCAAGCACAGGAGUCACAGUGGCUUAGAGCAGCAGAGAAUCAGGCAACAGAGCUGUCCAAGAGGCUGCUCGAUACCUACAGGGCUCUCAGGGGAGAGGGUGGAGCUAACGGCAUCAAAUACCUAGGCCAGGCAGCCCAGAGCCAGUUUAGGUCCUGGGAGAUCUUGCAGCCUGCUCUGUCAAUCACUGGUUCCCUCAGCUUCCUCAAGAGCACCAUGCGGCCAGUGCGACGCAACUUCUAUGACCCAUCGUCAGCUCCGGGCAAGGGCAUCGUGUGGGAGUGGGAAAACGACGGCGGCGCGUGGACGGCGUACGACAUGGACAUCUGCAUUACCAUCCAGAACGCGUACGAGAAGCAGCACCCGUGGCUUGACCUCUCGUCGCUGGGCUUCUGCUACCUCAUCUACUUCAACAGCAUGUCCCAGAUGAACCGCCAGACGCGCCGCCCGCCGCCCCGCCUGCGCCGCCGCCUUGACCUGGCCUACCCACUCACGGUCGGUUCCAUCCCCAAGUCGCAGUCCUGGCCCGUAGGAGCCAACUCGGGUCAGCCCUGCUCCUGUCAGCAGUGCCUGCUGGUCAACAGCACGCGUGCCGCCUCCAACGCUAUCCUGGCGUCACAGCGCCGCAAGGCGCCCAUUGCGCCAGCAGCACCUCCAGCGCCCCCACCGCCCCCUCCACCGCUGCCGCCAGGAGGGCCCCCGAGUGCGCUCGCUGUGCGCCCCGCGCCACCCUUCGCCGGGGCCGCGCUCUGGGCCGCACCUGCCGUUGUCCCCACGGAGCCCGCGCCACCUCCAGGAGUUCCCCCGCGGAGUCCCAGCGCCCCCAACGGAGCGCCAACCGGUCAGAAUAACCUCAGCCGGCCAGGACCCCAGCGAGCCACCAGCGUCAGCGCACGGGCCUCCAUCCCGCCAGGGGUUCCGGCGCUCCCCGUGAAGAACUUGAAUGGCACCGGCCCUGUACAUCCAGCACUGGCAGGGAUGACUGGGAUACUGCUGUGUGCCGCCGGGCUGCCCGUGUGCCUCACACGAGCCCCCAAACCCAUCCUGCACCCGCCCCCGGUGAGCAAGAGCGACGUGAAGCCUGUGCCCGGAGUGCCCGGAGUGUGCCGCAAGACCAAGAAAAAACACCUCAAGAAAAGCAAGAACCCCGAGGAUGUAGUUCGGAGGUACAUGCAGAAGGUGAAAAACCCACCUGAUGAGGACUGUACCAUCUGCAUGGAGCGGCUGGUCACAGCAUCUGGCUAUGAGGGUGUGCUCCGGAACAAGAGUGUGCGGCCUGAGCUUGUGGGCCGCCUGGGCCGCUGCGGACACAUGUACCACCUGCUCUGCCUGGUGGCCAUGUACUCCAAUGGCAACAAGGACGGCAGCCUGCAGUGCCCUACCUGCAAAGCCAUCUACGGGGAGAAGACGGGGACGCAGCCGCCAGGGAAGAUGGAGUUUCAUGUCAUCCCACACUCGCUGCCCGGCUUCGCAGACACCCAGACCAUCCGCAUCGUCUAUGACAUCCCCACGGGCAUCCAGGGCCCUGAACACCCCAACCCAGGCAAGAAGUUCACGGCCAGAGGCUUCCCUCGCCACUGCUAUCUACCCAACAAUGAGAAGGGCCGGAAGGUGCUGAGGUUGCUCAUCACCGCCUGGGAGCGCAGACUCAUCUUCACUAUCGGAACAUCCAACACCACGGGCGAGUCAGACACCGUGGUGUGGAACGAGAUUCAUCACAAGACGGAGUUUGGUUCCAACCUCACUGGCCACGGCUACCCCGAUGCCAGCUACCUAGAUAACGUGCUGGCUGAGCUCACCGCCCAGGGUGUAUCUGAAGCCAUGGCCAAGGCCUGA